AUGGCCUAUUUGUCCCUAUAUGUCGUAAUCGAUCUCGAUCCACAGUGGCCCGAGCGUGCCUGCUUUGCUUUGGUUGUGCGUACGAGCUCUGAACUAGACGAUCGCAUUUAUGCCUAUUGCCUAGCAGCUAGCUUUGUUGCUUGUCUCGGCACUUCUAGUUCUGGUGGAACUGGCAGCACAGGUGUCCAGCAAACCCGCUUGCCAGAACCUGUGGAGGCUGCUCUUUCUGAGGUGACGUCGUAUCGUCACAAUUUCUUGCAUGUGCCUUUGCCGCAACCAACUGGAAGUGGUCUCUCAAGAAAGACCUCGGCUCCAACUGCUCAACCUGCUCCACAUAUAGAAAUACAGAGUCAGCAUCAACCCAUAAAGAGAGCGCCAAACUCGGUCCCUGCUUCUGCCAAAAAUGCGUAUUUUAACUCGACUAAUAACAAUACAGCAUAUGGCGGUGGAGGAGGGUUUUUCAGCUCCAUCACUUUGGCUCUUAGUGGCGGAGGUGGAAAUUCCUUACAUCAACAGCAAAGUCAAAAUCAACUACCGAUAUCCUUGCCCUCAAGUUCUGACACGCCAGCGGCACAGACAACUACAAACACUUCAACGAUUUCUACCAAUUCUGCAGCUGCUUUGCAAGCUUGUGUUUCUGAAGCAAAGCGAGUUUUCUUGGGUCAACUUUGCCAUCAUGUUGUGCAGGUUAGCUGUUUGGUGAGUCGUCCGGAGGAGCUAGUUAUAGAAAUGCGAUCUCAAGAUCUACUUGGCUUCGACUUGGAACCAGUUUUCAAUGCCAAAUCAGCUUCCUUAAGGGCCAAAAAGUGA